AGGGCCCCGAGCCCCCAGCCCAGCUCUCCCUCCACGAGGCCCAGGGUGACCCCCAGACCCCCCCAAGACCCCAGCUGACGACCCUCCAUAAGGCACAAGGCCCCCCUCAGGCCCCCCAAACCCUCAAAGUCCCCCAGACCUCACAAACCCCAAUCCUACAAACCCCUCACCCCACAAGUCCAGAGCUCACAGCCCCGCAGACCCUGCAAGCCCACAGCCCCAUCUCCACCCUCCUCACACCCCAACAUCCCGGGCAUGGCCCUUCCAGCCCUCCCCGUCCCCCCGGGGGGGCCCGUCCCCCUGGGUUGGUAUUUAGGGCCGGGCCGGUGGCACCCAGCCCCCCUUGCCCCCCGCCAUGCUGAGUGUGCUGCUGCUCCUGGGGGGCCUGGCCCCCGCCCUGCCCGCUGCUGGACUCUGGUGCCCCCCAGGCCCCCAUGGGCAGCAGCACUGGCACGAGGGACACCCAGAGUGUGGGGGUCGGGCGCAGUCACCCAUCGACAUCGCGACAGCGUGGGCACAGCCGGACCUGUCGCUGCCGCCGCUGCAGCCUGAGGGCUACGAGCACCCCGAGAGCCCCCGGCUGAGCCUCGCCAACAACGGCCACACCGCCGUGCUGGCACUGCCACCGUCGCUGCGGCUCCGGGGGCUGCCCCACACCUUCACUGCCGUGCAGCUCCACUUCCACUGGGGCCGGCCUGGCCACGCUGCUGGCGCUGAGCACCUGCUGGACGGGCACCGCGCCCCCGCCGAGAUGCACGUGGUGCACUUUGACGCCGAGCGUUUCGCCGAUGCCAGCGCCGCACAGCAGCACCCCGGCGGGCUGGCCGUGCUCGGCGUCCUCCUGGAGGUGGGAGAUGACCCCCACCCUGCCUAUGACAACAUCCUGAAGCAUCUUGGCAGCAUCCGCUACGCAGGGCAGACGGUGGCCAUCCCCUCCUUCAGCAUCCGGGACCUGCUGCCCGCGCACCUCGACCGCUACUAUCGGUACAACGGGUCCCUGACCACCCCGCCCUGCUUCCAGAGCGUCCUCUGGACCGUCUUCCCGCAGCCCGUCCGCAUCAGCCGGGCCCAGCUGGAGCAGCUCCAGGGAAGCCUUUACUCCACGGAGGAGGCCGAGCCGGAUGAGCCCCAGCUGCUGGUGGACAAUUUCCGCGCCCCGCAGGAGCUGAACCAGCGCCUGGUGCUCUCGUCUUUCCCCAGGGAGCCAGAGGGAUACUCCACAGGUAGGGCCAGGCCGGGAGGCUGGGCUGGGGGGUCACCCCUGCACCCCCCUGAGCCCCCCGGUGUCACACAGGUGAGGUCAUCGCCAUCAUCUUUGGCACCGUCGCCGGCUGCGUCGGCCUCUUCCUCGCCGUCCACUUUGGGGCCAAGCGGAUGCGGUGAGACCCCCCCACCCCCCUCAGAGGCUCCCCCACAGCAGGGGGACCCCGAGCUCCAUGGAGAGCCUCCCCUCUCACGCUGGUUUCUGCCCCGGCAGCGCCAGGCGGGCACAGGCGCAGGACGUCGUGUUCAAGGCUUCCUCCCGCCGCUCCCCCAUGGCCACUGGACACUCCCGCUGACCCCCAGGCUGGGCUGGGAGGGGCCCACACUGCCCUCCCACCACUGUUAAUAAAGCCCUUUCCCCCUCCUCGUGGCUCUUUAUGGGGAGGGAACGGGGGCCUUUGAGGGGCUUUGGAGCUGGAUCCCAUCACCCCCAAGAAACCAGAACCCCCCAGGGCAGCAGCAGAGCACAAUGGGGGAAGUGACCCCUCUCCCCCCUCCCCUUCUCCCCACCAGCCACAGUGUCCCGUGCUCUUGUUAAAAGGGUUUUACUCUCAAUCAAAAAAAUAAUUUAGCCCCUGCUGCACCUCAAACCCCCCUGGGAGCUGAACAGGGGUGAGAGAAGGGCAAAGCAUUCCAGUCCCAGUGCCCCCCACCCCCAGAGCAUCAGCCCCAGCACCACUGGCUGCACCGGGGGUAGGGACCCCCCCAGGGUGACAAGCACGAGAGAACGGGGGGUCCUGCCCUGAGCUCCCCAGCCCUGGACUGCCCCCAGGGCAUCUGCCUAUUAAGGUCCAGACAGAGGGAGACCCUGAUGGAUAUGCCAGAAAAGGCUGGGUGUGCCUCUGUCCUCUGUAAUUCCAUUCCAAAUUAUUUUUUGGAUUAAGAGUAAAACCCUUUUACAAUUUUCACCAGAAUCAGGCAGAGCUACUCGGUACAGCCGGGCCAGGACCCCCAAAGCCCCAGUGCUGCUCUCUCAAUGCUCUCCAUUGCCCCCGAACUCGCCCCAGGGAUCCUCACUCCGGCACCAGCUCCCUCUGCCGCCCCCGGCGCCGCGGCGACCCCCGGUGCCCCCCAAGGGCCUGCCAGAC